ACAUGCUUGCAACGAAUAUUUCAUUAUAAAACGGUCUUACCAAAUCUACCAAAUUAAUUGUAAAUUUCUGUUUAUAAACAUGGAUACGGACUCAAUUACAACAGAUGAAAACUCUGCUCAGCAAUCUAUUGCUUUAAGACGGGAAUUGCGCCGAAAGAAAAUAUUGGAAGCCUCUAAGUCACGACUCGACAAACUCAAUGGCAGAGCUGCAACUCUACAGAACGAACACCUCGACCAUGGCCCGGCCAAUCCGCAAUAUUCUGAUCCUGAGGUCGAACCGGAUGUUCCAAGAAAUCGUCAAUUUUUCCAAGAACAACCUGCACCCCAGACUUACAGUGCUCCAAGUGCAUUUGUGAAAAGCAGAGUUCACAUUAUUUUGGCGGCUUGUGUCGGAUUUUUAUUAGCGCUUUACACAAAUAGCAGUGUUUUCUUGCCUGUCCUGCUUUUUGUUAUUUUAGAACUUGCUUUCUUGCAAUAUCAUAAACGAGACAAUUUACCGCCCAGCGUGGGACCCAUGUUGCUCAUGUUCAUGAAUCCAAGUAUUACCAACAAAAUAAAGCAGUUCAGCAGUAUAUUUUUGAUCCUUCAGUCACUUUUGAGCGAUCUUGCGAUAACUGUAUGUAUUGUUUGCUCAGGGAGCAUGUUAUUAUUAAAUUUAAGUACGGACUUUGUUACUGUAGUGAAAUAAAGAAAAUUGUUAUUUGAAA